GAGGUUCCUCAAACCACACACUUAUAACACCAAAGCCAUUCUGCUUUGACUUAUGUAUUUCUGGGUGAAGGAGACUCAGAUCCUCUAUCGAAUAAAGGAAGUUGGAAGGGGAAAUAACACCUCCAUGACAUAUUAGUCCCUGAAAAUCUGAGUGGUUUGCUAUUAUUUUGGAGACAGCAAGAAAGGAACAUCUCAGAAGUGAGGCUUCACCCUUUGAUUUUUACCACAAAAGAAAAAGAGAAAUUUUUCUUCAGCAAGUACCCAUCUGAAGCCAUGCGUCACACACUGAUGCGAGGAACACCACCACUCCAGCGGCCGCACUUCAAGCUCUUUCAGCUCUUAGUGUUGACUGGUCUUUUUCACUUCUGCUUAGGUGACAGCCAGGUGACCAAGGCAGUGAAGGAAAUGGCAGUGCUGUCCUGUGAUUACAACAUUCCCACACAGCAACUGAUGAAUUUUCGAAUCUACUGGCAAAAGAAUAAUGAAGUGGUGCUGACUAUCAUAUCUGGGAACAUAUCGGUGUGGCCCAAGUACAAGAACCGAACCAUCGUGGACAUCGCCAAUAACCUCUCUAUUGUCAUCCUGGCUCUGCGCCUGUCGGACAAGGGCACAUAUACCUGCAUCGUUCAGAAGACUGAUAAUGGCGUUUACAGGCGGGAACAUCUAGCUUUGGUGAAGUUAUCCAUCAGAGUAGACUUCCAUGAUCCUAUUAUAACUGACUUGGGAAACCCAUCUGCUGACAUUAAAAAGAUACUCUGUUCAACCUCUGGAGGUUUUCCAGAGCCUCGCCUCUCCUGGUUGGAAAAUGGAGAACAAUUAAAUGUGAUCAACCUUACAGUUUCCCAAGAUCCUGAAACUGAACUCUACAAUAUCAGCAGUGAACUUCAUUUCAAUCUGACAAGAAACCAUACCUUCGUUUGUCUUAUCAAGUAUGGAGAUCAACAAGUGUCACAGACCUUCCCCUGGAUAAUAUCCAAGCCUUCUCCUCUUGUUGAUCCGUUCCCACUCUGGGUCACUAUCCUCAUCACAAUAAUUGGGAUUUGUGGGAUGACUGUAUUAAUCACAUGCUGCUGGAACCACACUCGUGCUUAUCUCCAAGGACCUGCCGCAAGCUCUAGAGGGAACAUCUAAAGGUCCCACCUGCAUCCAUGACUGACCUCUUCUUGGAGCUUCCCCAGAUGGCAGGAUCGCCCCACCUUGUCCUUCACAUAUCUGUUCUUUAGAAGCCUUUUCACUUCAGUGGUAUUUCAGGAAGUAACUAAAGGAGUAUGGGAGGAACUGUAGUAGCUCUGGAAGCCUUGAUCAGUAGGUUUACGAAUACAGUUACUCAGUCCUGGAAGGGACAUUAGAGGAUAGUAGUCUCAUCAAUGACAAGGACACCAAGGCUUAGGGAGGUGACCUGACUUGUGAAGGCUAGAGUCCGAGUCAGAACCCAGAUCUCCUGGCUCUGGUGUUCUUUCCCUUCACCGAUCCAACUCUGGGCUGUUAAGUCUGAUGCGUGUGUGUGUAUAUAUGCAUACUGUUAUUGGGUGCCGACUCCUAGUGACCCCACGUGACAGAGUAUAACUGCCCCAUAUGGUUUUCAAGGCUGUAAUCUUUAUGGGACCAGAUCACCAGGUCUUCUCCUGGAAAGCCACUGGUUGAGUUUGAACCACCAACCUUUCUGCGUGCUUCUGGAAACAGAAUUUGUCCAAUAUCAGGUCAACUUUAGAGACUUGAUCUGAUUUCCUGAUGCAAUACUGGAGAAACAUUUUAUGUUGCUAUUAAAAGGAGUCUAAUGCAUGGGAAGUGUACACCUAUAUCAAGAGGAUAAUGGAAUAUUAUUGGCAACUAGCCAAUAUUUCAUUUUUCAUUGUGUUCCCCUUUUUGUUCUCCCACUUCUCCAUCGGGUUCAUAAGUAGAACUAUCCAAAACUAGUUUCCUCUGACCUGUAAGGUAAACAACUUACAUAUGCAUCUCAAAGUAAGAGGUUGGAGAGGGACAGUUUGGUUUAAAGAUUUGCACUCUACUGGUUCAUAUUGGACUGAUAAUCUCUUUGAAUAGCUUUAUGCUAGUUUAUACUUAUUUGUAAAAUAUUUUUAUGAGAAAGUUCUCAUUUAAAAUGAGACUGUUUUUACCGUGUAUGUACUAAGCAGUAAACUACUGUUAUGGAUUCAAUAGUGUCCCCCCAAAAUAUAUGUUGUAAUUCUUAACUUCUACGCCACUGGUUAUAAUCCCAUUGGGGAAUGGGUUGCCUUUGUUCUGUUAAUGAGGCAGGAUUAGUG